AUGGUUAAACACUUGCCUCCUGCAGUUAAACAGCUCCUAACGCUCCGUAACCCGGAAGCUUGGCCAAGCCCCUCUGCUAGCAAGCUUCAUGGUGUGUUCACCCGCACCCUGAACGAGGCAAAGCAACGAAACGCUGAAAACGGAUGGCUCGUCCUCUCGACAUGCACACUCCUUACCACCAACAGACCGGCUUCUGUCGGUCACUUGUAUCGAUUCGUCACAAGGAGCGAGCCAAGCUUGGCUGAAUCGCGAAAGAGCCUUGCGGAGGUCGUGUACAAAGCUGCCCUCAUGCGGGAGGCCGCUCUAAAGAGCGUCAUCUUCGUUGGCGUACCUCGAACGAUUCUCUCCUUGACGGGCCUAAAGGACGCGCUCGAAGAAGACGUCUAUUCCGCGUUGCGGAAAAACUCCAUCAGGGAUGCGACUCCUCAGACCAUCGAGGCGACCGUCAAAAGGGGUAUGACGUUGUGGAAUUCAAUUUACCAGCCUCACGCACUCAAGCUGUACAACAAGCUGGGGGACCUUCAUCCUGAUUUCAUCACGUUCAUCAUCCAGGCUUAUGGUACGGUUUUGUCGCCCUUGCCACGAGGUGACUUGGAACAAGGAAACCUUACUCGCGCUCUUGGAUCGGUUGUCGGCGUCGCCACUCUCCGUGCGGAGGGGAGAGUUGGGCCUCAACUUAUCAGCCACGUUUUCGGUCUUCUCAAAGCCCGCAAUGAGGAGAACUUGAACGACGAAGACAAGUAUCUCUCCAGCGAUGAAGGCACCGAAUGGGUCGUACGUACAGUGGAUGAGAUUAUCGACGCUGUGACAUCAGAAGAAGCGUCCCUGACAAAGGGGAAAUUGUAG